UAAGGCAGUCCCCGCCUCACAGUCACACGCACAAGUACAUACAGUCCGGGUCCUCCAUGCUAGAAUAAUGGCGGCCAUGUCCAUUGCCGCAGCCACCACCUGCUGCUCCUCCCCCUUCCCUUCAAACCCCAGCUGGCACACAACAUCCUACUACCGUGCUACUCGCCUUCCUCUUCCACGGCCAGCUUGGCGGCGCUCUCUCCUUGCCGCCUCCCCGCCGGCUAGACGCCUCCGCAUCCGCCCCAGAACAUCCGCGUCGGCGUCGCCGGCCACAGCGUACGACUACGAGUUCACCGACGGAAACGGAGAGGUGGAGCUGAGACUGGACAUCGGAAAGCUUGGUAUUGAGAGUUCAAGAGAUGUUUUUGUGGAUGUCGAUGACAUGUCCAUACUGAUCAGAGCCAAGUCUGACGGAACACUGAGGACUCUGAUGAAUGUUACCACACUAUUUGACAGGGUUAAGUCUUCUGAGACAAUAUGGUUCAUUGACGAGGAACAGUUGGUGGUGAAUCUAAAGAAAGUCGAACAGGAGUUGAAAUGGCCUGACAUUGAUGAGUCUUGGAAAUCCCUUACUUCUGGGAUCACGCAGCUAUUGACAGGGAUCAGUAUUCAUAUAGUUGGAGAUGCCACGGAUAUUAACGAGUUGGUUGCUAAAGAGAUUGCUGAGGGCAUUGGGUAUCUUCCAGUUUGCACAAGUGAGCUGCUAGAGAGUGCCACUCAAAAGUCUAUCGAUACUUGGGUGGCUACAGAAGGAGUGGACAAUGUAGCCGAAGCGGAAUGUGUCGUCCUAGAAAGCCUUAGCACCCAUGUCCGUACCGUGGUAGCGACGCUAGGUGGUAAGCAAGGAGCAGCAAGCAGAUUCGACAGAUGGCAGUACCUUCAUUCUGGGUUUACGGUGUGGCUGUCGGUGUCCGAUGCCGGUGAUGAAGCCUCUGCCAAAGAGGAAGCCCGGAGAAGUGUUAGCAGUGGGACCGUUGCUUAUGCAAAAGCAGAUGUGGUGGUGAAGCUGGGUGGAUGGGACCCUGAGUACACGCGAGCUGUUGCGCAGGGCUGCCUCGUUGCCCUGAAGCAACUAACCUUAGCAGACAAGAAGCUAGCAGGGAAGAAGAGCCUUUACGUGAGGCUAGGUUGUCGAGGGGACUGGCCAAACAUCGGGCCACCCGGCUGGGAUCCUGAAUCUGAUGCCCCACCCGCCAUCUGAACUAGCUUCUUCCUUCAGUUCGAGGCUUCUUCUGUCACUGUUUUUCUCUUUAGAGGCUUCAUUCAUUGUGUGGCCUUCUAUUGUCCAACGAUGUAAAGAAAGCCUGUGACAAUUAUACAAAGCAUUCAACCUUCCCUUUUC